GGCUCACCAUUCAUCGCAGCCCAGUGACGGCCUUCUGGCUCUACAACGCACCAGCCCGCACCGCACCGCAGCUCUCGACCAUUCCGUUCUUAUUCCGGCUUGUGCUUCUUAAAUCUAUUGCACGAACCCACCUCGCCAUCAGCCAGGCUGCCACUUCCUACUGGGCUGGUUCGAGACGCGCUAUCUGUCAUCAGGGACUGCGUCCGCGAAGCCUUAACUUCGACAUCGAACACUUCUUGCAGGCAGAGGAUCGAAAUGAAUUCGUCGGAUCCACGACACUUUUUUGAGUCAGACGCCCAGCAGAGCCAGCGCGAAAGGAGGGAGGCCAAGUCGACCAACAAGUUUGGCAGGCCUGUUGUCCUCAAAUCGAAGAUAGCAGCAGCCUGUGUGGGCCCACAGUCCUCCUCCAACACCAUUUUCGUUGCCGAGUCGGCAGGCUCUGUGAGUAGGGUCAAUGUCGACGACCAUGGCGCCAGGCCUGUGGUCUACCGCGGCCCAGCCGCACCAAUUACCUGCGUGGCUGUGGGCGGCGCUCAGGGCAGAACUCUGGUUGCCGGCUCCUGGGACAGGAAUGUGUGGUCGUGGGACACUGAGACCCGUCUGCCCGGCUGCAAGUUUGUCGGCCAUUCCGACUUUGUCAAGGCUGUCACGUGUACCAGGAUUGGCGGGAAGGAUGUGCUCAUCAGCGGUGGUGCUGACAAGAAGAUCAUGGUAUGGGACAUGACGGUCGGAAGCCGCCUGCACGUUCUACAGGACUCCUUGGCGGCCAUGCUUGCCGUACAGUCGCUCGCCGUGGAUCCUAUUCUGAGCUCGGAAGACGAGGCUGUGGUCUUCAGCGCGGGCAGUGACCCCUUCAUACGGAGGUGGAAGGUCCGACUGGAUGGGUGGGAGCUGCUGGUGGAUACAGAGCCGGGGACUCCAAAGGCUGAGCGAAGAUUGGUCAAGGUGCACGAGACUGGGGUCUACAGGUUGCUUUUCGACCACUCGGGCGGGGAGAUGGAUCUGUGGACGGCAAGCGCAGAUGGUUCCUCGAAAUGCCUAUCACGCAGCAAGGGCCUCAGCGUGGAAGACAGCUUCGAGCACGGCGGACACGUUCGUGCUGUGGCUGUGACAGACACAUGGGUGGCCACCGCAGGCAGGGAUGAAGACGUCAAGAUCUGGGACAGGGCAUCUGGGAAGCUGUACUGCUCUCUGGAAGGCCACUAUGAUGAGGUGACGGAUAUCGUGAUUCUUGAUGGUGGUCCUGGAUGUGGGAAGAGACUGGCUAGUGUCAGUAUUGACGGCACUGUCCGCACCUGGCCGCUUGACAAGGCCGGCAUCGACAGCGCAGUCGAAGAACAGCGAAAGGCCGCUAACAAGGGCGCUGGCUGCGACCAGCCAGAAGAAGCAUCGGAGAAAAUGCUCACCGCUGAAGAAGAAGCAGAGCUGGCAGAGCUCUUGGGCGAGGAUUAAAUCCCCAAAACCUUGAAGAUCAUGAUGCCGGGACCACCUCGGCCACUGCGCGAUUGGGACUAAUGUUCUUAUAGCUUCGCGUGUGUAGCGAACCAUCGGACCCCCGCAGACAAAAUGCACGGGACUGGUGGCAACAUCAGGGGAUUGUCAAAUCGCUCCCCGUCCUUCAAGUAGUGGACAUCGGUGCAUGUGCACUUUGACUGAGGAUAUGUCUGUUGCCUGACCCACCCACGGCUCUGCAGGACUCGAGGUGGCCAUUGCGCGUUGGCGCACGUGCUGCUCGCAUCCCCCAGAAAUCAAUCUGAGAAAGGACGUCCGGUUGGUGCGUCUUUUCGUUCUUGAUCGGCCAGCAGCGUCAAGAGAGACACCCACUUGUUACGAUCCCAUUGUCGACUGUUGGCAAUUCGCGCCAACGCGCCCGGGGCAUAAUCAGUGCCCUCAUGCACCUGGCGAGUUGAUCUCAGGCCGCGCAAACCGGGCGAUGUCUCACAAGUAAUCAAGGACGCCAAGCUGAGAGCAAUGCAGGAGGACGCAGGGGUUCAGAACUAGCACAGUCUAGAGCAAUAAAUAUUCAAAGAAGGUAAAAUUCAUUAUUAUAAAUAUCUAUACUCUAAACCUUAA